AUGAAAGAGCAGAAGAAAAAGGAAAAGCACAUACAGGCAUUUGAAAGCGACGAGCAGUCUGUAUAUGCGCCAAAAGUGAGCGAUCUUGUCAAAACCCUAGAGAAGUCUUUGAAUCCUCACCAUUUUUUAAACACCCGGGUUAAUAGCCAAAACAUUGGGCUGUGCGAGCAGCUUAUGAAAAAGAAGAAUGAUCCGCAAUUGCAGAAGGAAGAUCCUAGAGUGAGCAGCAGAUGUGUAAAAGACAUAAAUAAGAAAUGA